GUCCAGGCAAUUAUUAUGUCUAUGAGCUGGUUAGACCAACUUUCUGCUAUUCAGCAUACUGUGCAGCUGUUACUAACAUCAGCAGCACUCAUACAACAGUCACACCAGAGACGAGCCCAGCUGAAUAUACCUCUGUUGACCCCUGCUACAACUACACUGUGCUGGACAAUCCAUGGAGAGCCACUAACAUAUAUGCUUCAGGCAGUAAUUGUGACCAGUAUGUCACCUGGAGCGGCUGGUAUCGUCUCUUCAUUAACAACAUGAGCGCUCAGAUUCCAGACACAUGUGUUGCUCAGUAUAGCUGUGGCACUGCUGUCCCACUGUGGAUUCGUGGUGGACACCCAACAGUUGAAGAUGGAGUCGUCACUCGAGAUGUCUGCGGUCACUAUAACAAUUACUGCUGCUAUUUCGGGUCUUUUCCCAUUAAAGUCAAAGCCUGUCCAGGCAAUUAUUAUGUCUAUGAGCUGGUUAGACCAACUGUCUGCUAUUCAGCAUACUGUGCAGCUGUUACUAACAUCAGCAGCACUCAUACAACAGUCACACCAGAGACAAGCCCAGCUGCUGUUACUAACAUCAGCAGCACUCAUACAACAGUCACACCAGAGACGAGCCCAGCUGGUAUAAAUAUAACACUGCCAGAAGAAUGCACCAGUCAGACCCCUGGAGGAUGUCUUCAAAAUCUUCUUGAGCAGAUCGAGAACAUCACAGCUCAAGUGCUUCCUUUAAAUACUGUGACAAACAUUUUGAAUACGGUCUUCAACGCUUCAGAGAAGAUUGUAGAGUCAUCAUCAUCUGCAAGCCCAGCUGAACUAGCCUCCUAUGGAAACCGUAUGUUAAAAACUAGUGAGAAACUCAUCUCUGCAUUAGUGAAGCCGACAGACACAAGUGACAGAGUCAGUUUUACUCUUGCUGUUGUAGAGGGUCAAGUCUUCAUGGUUGGACCACAGGUCACCUUAAAUAAAAUCCUUCGACUUGACACGACAAAUUCUUCUGUGGACAUUGAUCUCAUUGGGAUCGCCAGGAACAACAAUGAAAGAUCAGCUGCUGUGGCUUUCAUGAGCUAUGUCACGAUGGAGAAUCUACUGAAGCCAGACUUCUUCAACACAUCAAAAGACACGAUUAAAACCAUGAUGUCCACUGUGAUCUCAGCUACUCUUCCCAAAACCACCAACACUAAACUCACCAAACCAGUCAACUUCACCCUGAAACACAUCAGAGAGUUUGAUCCCAACGGUUCUCUGUCCUGUGUGUACUGGAAUAUCAGCGAGUGGAUUGUAGAUGGUUGUUCUGUUUUAAAGACCAACAGCAGCUACACUGUGUGUUCCUGUGAUCAUCUGUCCACAUUCGCUCUUGUGCAAAUCAGUCGCCCACCAGAGAGCGACUCACAGCUGGAGCUGUUGACUUUGGUGUGUGUGAUCGUGGGACUGGUGUUCUUCAGUUUGGCCCUGUUGGCUUUUGUCCUUUAUAAAUGGAGUCCUGUGCGUGAUUGGAUACAUGGUUCCGUUGUGCUGGUUCCUAAAGGUUACAACAGGGAAGAGUUACGCUGCAGUACACAAAGUGCUUCAGAUGUCUCUGCUGUGGACUCAACAAAAUCAAAAGUGUCUCAAAAAACACUGAAGACCACAACAUCAUUUUAAACCUAGAAUGCAUGAACCAAAAAAUUAAAAAAUUAAAAAAAAUGCAUAAAGGGGGUGAAAAUGGCCCAUAUUGGAAUAAAAAAGGUGUCCUAUUAAUGAAAUAAUUAAAAUAAUUGAUGAUACGCAAGUAUUUUAAUAUAGCAAACAUGUUUAUUAGUCCACUUUUCUAUUUGCAUUACAAAAGAUUACAUUUAUUCUUUUUAAAAUGCUCUUGUACCUUUUUCUACAACUCCAAACUAAUUUAGAUCUACUGUAUAUUCCCGACUGAACCUUCACUCCCCACAUUUCUCACAGACCAUGUAAAAAUGAUCAGGCAGAGUCAGAAAAUUUCACAUCAGAUUUGCACCUUUCUAAGCAUAUCUUUUGGGCAGAGUUUGAACCUCUUCCUUUGUUUGGGCCUUCAGCUGUCCUUUGCUGUGGCCUUUAUCCUUUAUCCCCUUUAUGCAUUCAAGGGUUCAGGAAAUAGAAAGUACCAUUAUUAUACAGGUGAUUUUAUAUAACAGAAUCAAUGUUUUUGGAUGUUUAAUGUAAUAAUGCCAAUUCACAUUGCAACGACAGACGCAGACCGUGAUGUGGACAAUCACCAGAUUACAGUACCUCACUCCCCAGACGUUCCAUGACCCGACAAACAUUUGAUUCAGCAUGUUCAGUCGGCAAAAACAAGAACUGACCAACAUCAACAGAUGCCGACAGGAGUAACACACUGAUCAGACAAAUCCAAUUAACAUUUCUGUUGCCGUCUGUUGGUUCAGUGUAAAUUGGCAUAUAGUAUCAGCUUCUUUCUGCAAAUGAUAUUAAAAUAUGAUAUACAAGUUUCUUAAUAUUACGGCUGCCGAUACUACUGAUGUAAAAUAAGUAACUCUAUUUUAAUUGCACUCAAGAUUUUUUGGUGG